CACCUCGUGUAAACGACCACGUAUAUGUAUUGUGUGCCCGCAAAAAAAAAUACGACCCAAAAGUCCCCGGUGUUGUGGGAUUUUAAAUGCUGCUGUGUCACGCGUUUAAAUGAGCUUUAACUCGCACUAGCUUGGAUCAUUAAAGUAGCUUUAUUAUUUAUUAUACGCUUAAUUUAACCAUGUUAAAGUAAGUUGGGCUGUGACGAUGGUAUUUUGUGCAAUUAAAACGACUCAAUUUUGCAGUACAAUAUUAAACGACGGUACGCCUUAAACAUCAAACACGCGAUAGAGACUGGCAGUUGAGAAAAGUUACACAAGUAGACACUUUAGAACGUGUUGGUAAAUAACCUGGAAGAGUCGCCGAAGCGAAUUAAGAUUGGCACAGUUGCAAGAAUCAGGACAGGUACAGUCUGAAAACUUGCAAUAAGUUUUCAGAAUAUUUGGGUGUAUCGUUGCACAGAUAUUCGUACAUAACAUUCCUUUGCUCUGAUAAUGCGUCGCCGCGCAUAUUCGUGAGCAAAAACUCGCAUGAUAAACUGUAUUUCCAAAAUUUUAUCAUAAAACGUCAGACGACCUUUCUGGCCACGUCUGUGCAUGGGAAGGUACGAUUUAUGAAAGUUACACAGCGAGUCAAGCGUUGUUUUGUGCUCGGAGAAUCUUUACGCCAGUAGAACAUGUGAGACCGCGCCAGUCCCAGAUAUGAUAGCGUCUGGGAAACUUACGCUGACGUCUAAGAAACCCCGGGGACGAUGCCCAGUCGCGCCCAGGAGGCCAGUGAAGGAUUGCUAUUGUCGUUCCGAGGUGAACGAGACGAGAUCUUGGAGAACUCGGCACAAAUCCGCGUCGCCCCGCCGCCGUUGCCAAGGCGAGCUCGAGCUCGGACCUGACGUUGAGCUCGGCGACAAAGCGGCACCGACCUCACCGAUCAGCUGCGAGACGCUCAGGAGAGUUCGGAAAAUCGACUACGCGCCCAGAUCUCAAUUUCUCCGCAAUGUACAGAGCAAGAUCUGCGAGUUACGAACCGCAGAACGGGGAGACUGCUUGCGGUCGUGUCCGCGAUCGUCCUGUUACCACCGAUUUAUGACAGGCGCGAGGACGCCGGAUACUAUUGCCGAUGAGAAAACGACAUUGCCGGGUGAACGCGAGCGCUUCGACGAGAGGCGAGAGCCUCCGACGUUUUCGACGGCGCCCGCGAAUUCACUAGCGAGCGAGCGAAGCGGGCCCGAUGGUGUCGCUUCGUGCAAGAGACCUCAAGUGUCUCCGCGAAAGUUGUCAAAGUCAACAUUGCGCAAGACCAUCAGAUCUAGACGGCAGAUACCGGAGUCUGGCGAGAGACCCGCGUCGAAAUCGCCGACGCGAGGUAAGAGAGCAGCGCGGUUACAUAAGCAAGAUUGUCCUUGUUGCUGCAGAAGCGAGCUGGAGAGGAAGUCCACGCGGCACGGCGUUGACAAGCGUCUGGAGAGACGUGAUUUAUCGGAAUAUCGCGAGCGAGGAGAACGAUGCUUGAGACACGACGGCGCGGGUCCAGUCGCAGUUGAGGAUUUUAUGGAACGGGAAAUGGAGAACCUGAGGCAGUUCCGGGAGCAAAAUUAUUUCGAGACACAUGGCUCGAGCCACACCUUGACGUCAUCCGGAUCGUCGGGAUCGCUGCAGCAGUAUCUGCUGAACGAGCGGCUGUUCCCAGAACCGGUGGGCAGAAUCCGCAAGCAGGACCUGGUGGUGACGAUGCCAGCGUGCGCGACGACGCAGAAGAGGCGCGUCCAUUACUUUCCCAGAUACGUAGUGCGGCAAGAGAAGAAUGCCUGCAAUACGAAUUACAGGCGUAAACGAUGCCAGAGCUGUCCUCUCACCGGACACGCUAUUGAUCUCGGAGUCCUGAAAGCUAGACCGCCGCUAAACAGCCUGGCACUCAAGUACCAGAAAAGAGUACCUUGACUUUUAACUCAAAGAUUUAAUCACGAAAAUUUCAACACCGAUCGUGUCCUAACUUUUAUAUAUUUACAUUUUAAUACUAUAUGUAGAUAUAAAAGUGUAAUAAAAAUUCAUUUUAUAUUAUCACUUUAUUUAUAAUAAAGCGGUGAUGCCGUAAUGUCAAAUUUAACUCGCAUGUAUCUCCAAUUAUUUUCUUAUUAUUUUAUUUUUGAAAAUUUGGUAUUGUAAUGCCUUGAUUUGAUAUUGUAAUCCACAUAUACAUAUAUGUAUUACAUACAUUUUUUAACAUAAUUAAUAUUUUAUUUCACC